AUGUCCGGAAUGCACUCCACCUUCUCCAGCUCCAUCACCGGGGACAGCCGUCACAGCUACACCCUUCUCUCCGCGUUACAACAGGGCAACAAAGCCUCCAGCAACAGCUCCCCCCGCCCGCAAGCCUCCUCACCCUACCAAAAGGAUGCCGACGCCGCCUCAGUCUCGAGCUUUGGCAGCUCUAUUUCGCUCCUCAAGAGCAAAAUGAGCAAGAACUCCAGUUCAUCGACAUCAUCAUCCAAGAAGUCUCCGAACCUAAUCGCCCGGCAACGGGCCGCUGAGGACGCGAAUACUCAGAUUAUGAUUUCACAGGCUGCAUACUGGCCGUCAUCUGUCCGUCGCAACUUGUAA